AUGCUGUUCUAUGCGUUUCCUUAUUUAUCUCGUCUUGACUCCUCCUUCUCCUCCCAGACACACAAAAUUCAACUGGGGGCUUUCAAUUUGUCUGCCCAAAGACAGGCCGUCACCUUGCCCGUGCGAAUUGAACACGUCAUGGGAGCGCCGACUGAUACCUGUCACGCCCUGGCCACUUCCUCUCUCGCCGAGUUCACUCGCCUCUCCGCCUCCGGUCCGAUAGAGCGACUGAAAAAACUCUCCCAGCAGCCUACUCUGUCUGCCAUGGGCCUUAUGCUUGGCAAGUGGCUUCCCCAUUACACCUCAUUCUUUUUUUAA